AUGUCCAGAAAACGCACUUUGGAUGCAUUUUUCGCGACACCUGUAAAGAAACCACGUGUGUCAGAUGCGGAGCCGGCGUCAGCUUCAAAGCACAGCGCGUAUCCGUUUGACAUUGCCAACCUUCCAACUGUUCUCGCCGAGGAGCUGUCGCCACCAUGCUUGCCUGCAAAACCAGGGCGAAUUAUAAACGACAAGCAAGAGCUCGACCUUCUCUACUUUGACCCGUUUGUGCCCAAACCGCAGGCUCGUCAGCUCUUUGAGUUUCUCAGGGCCGAACUGCCAUUUUAUAGGGUCCAGUAUACAAUUAAGCGCGGCGGCAUUGUAAAGGACAUAAGGACGCCUAGAUGGACAACUGUCUUUGGCCUGGACGACACGUCGCGAUUCAAAGACGGGCGCGUCGUCGACGCCAAAUCUGAAGUGCUGGUUGCAGAUGGUCGUUACGAUCGCUACCCGCCACGACCACUUCCGCAAUGUCUUGAAACAUUGCGCAAAUCCACAGAGGCUGCCACAGGAUGCACCUUUAACUUUUGUCUUGUCAAUUAUUAUGCUUCUGGCGCCGACAGCAUCUCCUAUCACAGCGACGACGAGAGGUUCCUAGGCCCAGAUCCUGCAAUUGCUUCUUUCUCGCUAGGUGCCCAGCGUGACUUUUACAUGAAGCAUAAAACGGCUCCCGAAAGCCUCAAGCUCGCCUUGGGUAGCGGAGCCAUGGUAUUGAUGCGUGGAACAACACAGUCUCGGUGGCUGCAUUCUAUCCCGAAGAGGACGGGCAAGAACAGUGAGGACGGAGGUAGGAUCAACAUCACCUUUCGUCGAGCUAUGACAAAAGAUGGAACCGAAAACUACUACAACUAUAACGUCGGACGUGGACCAGUGUACCGAUGGGACAAGAUACGGAGAGAGAUGAUGCAGCGCAAUGAGAAAUGA